AUGCUGUGACAUUGUUUACAAAACAUCACAGGGAUCAAAGUGCAUCAUGCGCAGGUAGUGUUUUCUUCAGCGAUUCGAAGGUAUAAAUUUUUAUAAGUUGGUUGGCAAAAUCUGGGCUCAGUGGCCUUACAUAAUCAUAAACAGGGCUAGAAAAAGCUGUGCCAAGUAAGAUAAAAGCCCAAGCAGAGCCGAGAACAGUGCAACUUUGGUGAACGCAACUGGACUAACUCGAAGGUAAAUCCUUCGGUAAACGGGAUGACGGAAUGUCCACCCCGAUUCUGCCAAAGAUGAAACAGGAUAGCGAAAAUUUCGGCUUCGAAAUUAUGAAAGUUUGGCCUUCGAAAAAGAAAGAAGAUACUCCAGAACUGCCGACGACGAAAACAGGUACACUGUCAAUUCCAGCAUCCCGGAUAGCUUUUCAGUACCGAAAGUUUUAUUGGCAUGUAUGCCUGGGAGUACGGAAGCCUAGAGGAAAAAGUCCACGAAUUGCUAUCCAGCUGCCAAGAAGUGGAGCAGUGGCCUAUACGGAUGUAGAUGAGUUUUGGAGUCGGCUGACACCUGGGGAGCGAAUGAACACCGACAUGCGCGUUAAUGGACUCAUGAGGGACCUCGCGGUUACAGCCAAUUCGGUGAUGCCGUCUACUGGCAUAGUUUCUUGCUUGCGGCCGUGGCCACUCUCGGCCAAGAAACAGUUCCAAUGUAUGAACUUGAGUGCCGGAGUGAUACCUUCGUUUGGAAGUCACGUUCUUAAAACUGUCACCCGACAGCAAAAUUCUCUCGGUGGGCGCUUCCGGGACCGUCAUAUCCGUUCUAGCCAAAGUUUACAACUAGUAUGUGGACACCCAGCUUAGACUGGGGAUUGAGAGAGUAUAGUGUAUAGUAUAGUGAAGUCUUAACAAUAAUAAACUCUAAAAAACA